UUCGGGUGUAGCUCAAGUCUAGUUCCGACUGCCACCAGAAGAAAUGCUCUCUACCCCCUGAAAUCAAAUCGAAACCAAACCAUAAAGAAAAGAAAAAUGGCAUCAUCAGCAGCAACACUUCAAAGAUCCCAACUCCCCUCCAUAAACACCACCGCUUCUCCUUCACAUUCUUCCUCUUCUUCCCCCCUUCAUCGCCUCUCCACUUUCAAAACCCCUUCUUCGUCCUCUCCUCCUCCACCAUUCUCAACCACCACAAACCCAUCACCUUCCCCUUUAGACUCUCUCGCCAAAGACCCAAUUCUCUCCCCAUUCCUCUCCUCCUCCUUCUCAUCCACUUCCUUCUCCUCCGCUGCCCUCUCCUCCGGUUCCCCUGCUUCCACUGCCGAACACCUCCACCAUGCCAUUCGCCUCCUCGAAUCCCAACUCCGUUCCGAAGUCCUUUCCCGCCAUUCCCACCUCCUCCACCAACUCUCCUCCCUUAAAGACGCUGAACUCUCCCUCUCCACCCUCCGAUCCGCUGUCUCCUCUCUCCAGUCCUCCGUCCGCCGCGUUCGAUCCGAGCUUUCUGAUCCCCAUAAUUCUAUUCAGCCGAAAACUAUUCAGCUCUCGAACUUGCAUCGAACCAUCCAAGCGUUACAGCACACGACUCGGGCGCUGAGGUCGUCGAAAAAGCUUCGAGAUUUAAUAUCUGCAUCAGAAUCAGAGCCUGAAAAAUUGGAUCUUGCCAAGGCGGCGCAAUUGCAUCGCGAGAUCUUGACAAUGUGUGAUGAGUUUGAUUUGAGAGAAAUCGAUGUGGUUGAUGAAGAGCUCAGUUGGGUUAAAGAAACUGGGGAAAAACUGCGAAGCGAAGCAAUGAAAGUAUUAGAGAGAGGAAUGGAAGGAUUGAAUCAGGCAGAAGUGGGAACUGGGUUGCAAGUUUUCUAUAAUUUAGGAGAGUUGAAGGUGACUGUGGAGCAAUUGGUGAAUAAUUAUAGGGGAAUGGGAGUAAAGAGUGUGGGUUUGGCAUUGGAUAUGAAGGCUAUUUCUACGAGUGGUGGUGGUGGUUUUGGUCCAGGAGGGAUAAGAGGGAGUGGGACUCCACACAUUGGAGGAGGGGCGAAAGCAAGGGAGGGACUCUGGCAGAGAAUGGGGAAUUGUAUGGAUAGAUUGCAUUCUAUUGUUGUCGCUAUUUGGCAUUUGCAGAGAGUGUUGUCCAAGAAGAGGGAUCCAUUUACCCAUGUUUUGUUGCUUGAUGAGGUUAUUAAGGAUGGUGAUCCCAUGCUAACAGACCGAGUUUGGGAGGCACUUGUGAAGGCUUUUGCAAGCCAAAUGAAGUCUGCUUUCACUGCAUCAAGUUUUGUUAAGGAGAUAUUUACCAUGGGCUAUCCUAAACUCCUCUCCUUGAUAGAGAAUCUACUUGAAAGAAUCUCACGUGAUACAGAUGUCAAAGGGGUUUUACCAGCUAUAACUUUGGAAGGAAAGGAACAGAUGGCUGCUGCCAUUGAAAUAUUCCAGACAUCUUUUCUGGCUCUGUGCUUAAGUCGCCUUUCAGAUCUUGUGAACACUGUUUUCCCAGUUUCCAGCCGUGGAAGUGUUCCUUCCAAAGAACAAGUCUCAAGAAUUCUCUCCCGUAUCCAGGAAGAGGUUGAAGCAGUUCAAUUGGAUGGGCAUUUGACUCUUCUUGUAUUGCGUGAAAUUGGCAAGGUUUUGCUCCUGCUUGCAGGACGAACUGAAUACCAGAUAUCUGCUGGUCAUGAGGCACGCCAAAUUACAGGUCCUGCAACUGCCGCACAAGUCAAGAACUUUGCUUUGUGCCAGCAUUUACAAGAAAUCCAUACGCGGAUAUCAUCUAUGAUUGCUGGGAUGCCCUUUCUUGCUGCGGAUGUGUUGUCUCCUUCUCUGGGUGCAAUAUAUGGGGUAGCUCGUGACUCAGUGACACCCUUGUUCAAAGCAAUGAUUGACUGUCUUGAGACAUGCAUCCUGCAAAUUCACGAUCACAACUUUGGUGCUCAUGGUAUGGAUGCUGCAAUAGACAACAAUGCUUCACCUUACAUGGAGGAUUUGCAGAAGUGCAUUCUUCACUUUCGCACCGAGUUUUUGUCGAGGCUCUUGCCUUUAGCAAGGGCUACAAUAGCAGGGACAGAAACUAUAUGCACCCAGCUUGUGAGAAGUAUGGCAUCACGGGUUUUGAUAUUCUUUAUCAGACAUGCAUCUCUUGUACGACCCCUUUCAGAAUCAGGGAAACUGAGGAUGGCUAGAGACAUGGCUGAGCUGGAGUUAACUGUAGGCCAGAGUUUGUUCCCAGUAGAACAACUUGGACCACCGUACCGGGCACUCCGAGCAUUCCGGCCCCUUAUUUUCCUGGAGACAUCUCAGUUGGGAGGAUCUCCUCUCCUUCAAGAUCUGCCACCAAGUGUUGCACUUCACCACCUUUACACCCGAGGCCCUGAUGAAUUGGAGUCACCACUGCAAAGGAACAGGCUUACACCUCUGCAGUAUUCAUUGUGGCUGGAUUCUCAAGGGGAGGAUCAGAUUUGGAAAGGUAUCAAAGCAACUUUAGAUGAUUAUGCCGCGAAGAUUAGAUCAAGAGGAGACAAGGAAUUUAGCCCUGUAUAUCCUCUGAUGCAUCAAUUAGGAUCGUCUUUGACAUAGAAUGCUGCCGUGUCCCAAAAGCACCAAUAACAAGUAUACACAGAAAACCAGCAUUUUUUAGACUUUUGCUUUCAUUUUAAGUUUUUCCAUUAAUCUUCAAUGUAUAUGAGUAAAUUGAGGAAGCUUCCUAUGGAGUGGUGCUAAUUUUGCUCUCCAGGUACAUUUUUCUCUUCAUACAAUUUUUUUUCACUUCAAUUAUACUGUCAUUUUUUCUUAA